AUGGCCAAAGUUCCCCGCAACUUUCGCCUCCUCGAGGAGCUCGAGAAGGGAGAAAAGGGCCUCGGCGCGGAGGCCUGCAGCUAUGGACUGGAGGACUCGGAGGACCUGCUCAUGAGCAACUGGAACGGCACCAUCCUCGGCCCCCCCCACUCCGUUCACGAGAACCGCAUCUACAGUGUCAAGAUGCACUGCGGCGAAAAGUACCCCGACGAGCCUCCCACGAUCCAGUUUCUGAGCCAGGUGAACCUGCCCUGUGUCAACCCGCGCAACGGCAUCGUCGACCCAAGCCAGCUUCCCUGCCUUGCCCAGUGGAAGCGGGAUAACACCAUGGAGACUGUUCUCAUUGAAUUACGGAGGUACAUGGCCGCUCCAGCAAACAAGAAGCUCCCACAGCCACCCGAGGGCUCAACCUAUGCCUAA